AUGGCACAUCCUUCGCCGGCGCUGCGAAGUAAUUUACCAGAUCCUAGUUGGUUCAAGCAAGUGGAUGUGACACGGACACCCAGUCCGGUUAGCAAAUGCGCAGAACCGAGUGAUGUGAAGCUCCAAACAGCGUUACAAACUUGGGCUGUUGUAUUUAUGGUUGUUUUCGGUUGCCUCCAGAAACCAAAGACCAAAAACUCAGCCGUAGGAGGACCCAAUACUGGAUUAUUUUCCCCCGAAUGGUACGAGCAAUCUUGUUCACACAUCCAUCAACUUGUCUCUCUUACUGUGGACAAUCUACUUCAUGUGCAACUUGAACUCAACUUUGAUGAAAACAGCCGGCUUUCUGUUGCUUUGGUCAACUGGCUAUCCGCUAUGUUAUUCCAGUGUCCCGCGCUUCUGUCAUUUUCUGCCGUACGGGAUACAGUCGUUGCCGGGCUAAUCACGAUCGCUGCUCAGACGAAUACCAUUGAUAAUUCCCCCUUAAAUGAUCCUUCCAUUCGGACUAGUUUGACAGCUUCGCAAGUUUUGGGGAAGUUUGUACAAUCUGAAGAACCAGAUGAAGUCCCGUUGAUUCAUCUCUCUCUUCCAAAAUCAGUGACUGGUAGUCGCUUAAUACGAAACAUUGCAUCGCAGGCCUUGUACAACCACAUAAACUCAUUCGCUGGGCUUUCAUAUCGCGUCAUCGAUGAAAAACAACUACAGAAGCGGCUGCGCACCAUUUUGGGUUAUUUAAACGUUAUGGAUGUCGAAGGCCUUUCCAUACUUACCUGCCGUCGAGAGUCGUUCCAUCGCCUAUGCACAAGCCUUGCUGAACUUUUGCGUUUUAGCACAAAUUCUGUGGAAUUGUUGCACGACUGUUCCCCUCAGAGUUCCUCCAGUCAGUCAGUUUCCGGUCGCACGAACGCUAUCCGGCCCGUCAGCUUGUUUCCCAAGUCUUUUGAGCUGUUCCACGAUUCGAAGACGCUGGAGCUAGUCCAGUUAGUGGCUGGUCGGAUUGCUGCCCAAGAGGACGCUUUGGACAUGUUCGUCGAUACUUGUCGUGAUGUGAUGACACUCACUGGUGAAAUUCAUCGAAAUCCAUGUCUUCUGCUUAUCACCGCUGGUUUGUUCGGUUACGUGCAAAACGACAUGGUUGUUUGGGAGCAACGAAACGCGGAUUGUCUUCGAAUAGUUGCUGAGUGGUUUGACUCGGACCUGUUGCACCUCCCCAUAUCCAUUGCUCAAUGUACCAAAUCUACCGAGCAGUCCAAUGUCAAACAUGUCACCGUGUGGCCCGAACUACCUUCUGCUAGUACCAUGACCUCUUCCCAUACCUGCACAAAUGAAGUCGUCGCUACUAAGGAUGAGAAGCCGAGUUUAAAGGAACUGAAGCAAAACACCAUAACCGUGUGCCUGUUGUUGGAGCUGUUUUCAACAGCUUCACUGGCGCUUUGGAAACCAUAUAUUCGCACAUCUUUUCGUUUCAUCCUCAUUAUAUCCACAUCUUCCGUUCAGAUAUACGUGUCAAAACCAGCUUAUAACGAGGAUUUGUUGCGCAUCGGCCUUGUGGCCUGUACUUCAUUUGCCGCACAUCCAGACUUGGUUGGGAAAACCGCUAGAUGUUGCCUGCAGCAACUGGCCAUCAAUUGUGGUUACGCUGAUGUCCACAGUUUGAUCACGGCCAACGCAGACUUCCUCGUCUCUACUAUCACACUUCAGUUACAUCGCGUCAUUCUACUUAGUCCAGAUGAUGCACAACGAGCAGUUCCGCCUGAGCUACUCACAGAGCUUCGUUCGACUUGUCACACAUUGGAAACUUUGUUUGAAUACUCGACUAUAGAGGUGCUCCCACUUUUGCGUCCGUUGGUGAAGCAGAUAUUAACUUGUCUGGAUCUGACCUACGAGCAUCAUGCGGAUCUGUUUCUUCCGGCAUUGAAAUGCCUCGUGUCAACGUGUCGUUCGUGGAAUGAGAAACAUCACAAAGCCUCUCCUCUGCAUUUUGACAGUUCUCUGGCGCUGGAUGAAGCACAGCCCUCGAUAUUAACUUGUCUGGAUCUGACCUACGAGCAUCAUGCGGAUCUGUUUCUUCCGGCAUUGAAAUGCCUCGUGUCAACGUGUCGUUCGUGGAAUGAGAAACAUCACAAAGCCUCUCCUCUGCAUUUUGACAGUUCUCUGGCGCUGGAUGAAGCACAGCCCUCGACGUCAGAGCCGGCAGAUGUGAUGUCCGACAUCUUCUCACUGACUUUGCGUAACACCCGGGCGCUGAUCGAAGAGACAAGACGCAUACAUAAUAUCGGUGGACCAUCAGUCUCUCCGGAUGGGGACCAGUCUUCAUUGGUUUCCAAUGAUACAUCAUCACGAACCAAACCGAAAGAAGAGCAAGAAGGGGACUGUGCUCGCAUAUUUCCCGAUCAUCUGCACAUCGUAGAAGAGGUUAUGCUACGUUGCGUUCAUUUGUUGGCUCAAGCACAGCCCAAACUUCGAAUGCUCAGUAUGGACGUACUGGUGGAAGGCUAUAUUACAUUGGCUGAUGAGACAGAACUGCUUCUUCCGUUGGUCCACAAGGCCUGGGCUUCCCUAAUGGCUCGUUUCAAAGACCAGCAUGCCGUGGUAGUAGAAAAAGCAUUCCAGUUGCUCACUGUACUCACCAAAGUUGCGGGUGAUUUCAUCCGAGCGCGAGCCUCAUCAGAUAUCCUACCACCUCUAUUAAACUUUCUUACUCGUGGAGCCUCCGUCAGUGCCGAAGCCAACGAAUCUUUUCAGCAUCUAACAGCUUAUCGUGUUCAGAGGCAGUUGCUUCUCCAGAUGGGAUCAUUGUGUGUUCAGCUGGGUCUGAUGUCUGAGUCACUGCGGUCUGUCAUUCGUACGCUGAUUCUCUAUCUGGAGGAUGAUCAACCUCAGGGACUGCAACAGGCUGCUGAACACAGUCUGAUCAGACUAUGGCGAAUAGAUCCCGGUCUUAUAUGGACAUGUAUAUUGGCAGAAGUUCCGCGGGAUCUUCAGAAAGAGAUUUUUGGCCCGAUACCAUCCGAAAAAUUUCAAACCUGUGAGACCUUACGUGCACAGGAGGAACCAAGUAAGAAGAUUGCAUUUACACGCGUGAGACAGCUGUUGUUGCGUUUGUAUCGAGUUGUUCCGGAUAGUAGUCCGCCUCAGUGA